ACUAAUAUACUACAUAAAAAGAGAGUAAUCUUGUAAUUAAUUAUGAGAAAAAUGGGAUUGAAGGCCACGCAGAUGCUGUUCAUGAUUGUGUUAGUGAGGAUAGGAUUAGGAAGUGAUGAAGCAGAUCAUGACCUAGCCAUGGAUGGCUGCAGAAGCAGUUGUGGGAAAGUUUCAGUUCCAUAUCCAUUUGGCAUAGGCAACUCAUCCUUCACCGGCGACAGGUGUUUCUUGGCACCAGAAUUGGAGCUUAGAUGCAUCGACGCUGACUCUUUGUACCGCGGUCACGGUAACGUCCAAAUUCUGAACAUAACCCUCCAAGGUAAAAUGGACAUGCUUGCAGCCGUUUCUCAUGUUUGCAUAGACAAAUCCGAAGGAAGGGAAGCAACAUGGGGUGAGGAAUGGACUCUCAGCACUCCGGCUUUCGCAAUUUCCAGCGAGGACAACAAGUUCGUGAGUGUAGGGUGCGACACUUAUGGCUAUCUCAACAGUUACGUCAAUGGAACCAAAUCCUCAACGGGGUGCUUGACAAGAUGUGACAGCAAAGAGAGCAUGCAAAGCAUGCAGAGUCAUGGAAACUGCACGGGAAUAGGGUGUUGCCAGGUGAAUAUACCUCCUGGAAUGAAGAACAUUAGCAUACAAGCCUUCAGCUUCUACAAUUUCAAUUCCUCCUUCGGCUUCAACAACUGCAGCACUUCCUUUGUUGUCAAAAACGGCAGCUAUACUUUCUCCUUGGAUCAUCUAAACCACAUCCCCUUCAACGAGGCACCCUUUGUCGUUGAUUGGACUGUUGGAAACGACACGUGUCGAAAUUCCGAGGGUACAACCGACAACUAUGCGUGCAAGAAUAAUAGCUAUUGUGAGGACUCCAACACUGGAUAUGGUUACCGAUGCAAAUGUAGAGCAGGCUUCGAAGGAAACCCGUACCUUCCCCAAGGUUGCCGAGACAUUGAUGAAUGCUUGAAAGGUACACAUACAUGCAUAAAUGUUAAAAAUUGUCACAACACCAUCGGAAACUACACAUGUUCUUGUCGUAAGUGGCAAUCUGGAAAUGGAAAGGAACGAGACUGCCGCAUACAUACCAUGGUUGUUGUUGGAGCAGCAGUUGGAUUUGUUAUUCUAUUUGUGGGGACUGUCAUGUUGUACUUAAUACACCAAAAAAGGAAACUCAGCAAACUAAAAGAGAAAUUCUUUCGGCAAAAUGGCGGAUUGAUUUUGCUACAAAAGCUCUCUAGAAGAGAAGAUACUUCCCAAAUUGCUCAAAUUUUCACAGAAGAACAACUAAAGAAGGCCACCAACAACUUUGAUGAGACCUCAAUCAUUGGCAGAGGAGGUUUUGGUACAGUUUUCAAAGGAUUUCUAGUAGAUAACAGAAUUGUAGCUAUCAAGAAGUCCAAAAUACUUGAUGAGAGUCAAAAGGAACAAUUCAUUAACGAAGUGAUUAUUUUGUCCCAAAUCAAUCAUAGAAAUGUGGUCAAACUUUUGGGAUGUUGUUUAGAGACAGAAGUGCCUUUAUUGGUGUACGAAUUUGUUGAAAAUGGUACCCUUUAUGAUUUUAUACACACUGAAGGAAAAGUAAAUAAUGAAAUUUGGAAAACACGUGUAAGGAUAGCUGCAGAGGUAGCUGGAUCUCUAUCAUACCUACACUCUGCAACCUCAGUACCCAUUAUUCAUAGAGAUGUCAAGACUACUAACAUCCUCUUAGAUAACACUUACACUGCCAAAGUGUCUGAUUUUGGAGCUUCAAGGUUGGUUCCACUUGGUCAAACUGAAAUAGCUACAAUGGUGCAAGGAACUUUUGGUUAUCUAGAUCCCGAGUACAUGCUUACAAGCCAACUAACUGAGAAAAGUGAUGUGUAUAGUUUUGGAGUAGUGCUUGUAGAGCUGCUAACAGGAGAGAAUCCUCAUUCUUUUGGCAAACUAGAAGAGAAGAAAACUCUUGCAAAUCACUUUCUUUCUUGCUUUAAGGGGGAUUGCUUAUUUGAUGUUCUUCAAGUUGGCAUUGUGAAUGAAGAAAAUAAAAAGGAGGUCAUGGAUGUUGCUAUUCUUGCUGCAAAUUGCUUGAGACUCAAUGGGGAGGAGAGGCCUAGCAUGAAGGAAGUGGCAAUGGAGUUGGAGAGAAUAAGGCUAAAGGAGAAACAUCCAUGGAUUAAUACCGACCAAAAUCUAGAGGAGACCCAACACUUGCUUCAUGAAACAUCAUCUAACACUUAUGAGCCUAGUAAUAGUAGCAACCAUCAAUAUUCUGGGUACGACAGCAUCAAGGGUCGUGUACUAGUUGCUUUGGAUGAUGGAAGAUGAUUAUGACACGGAAACAUAUAUCAAAACUCAGUUACAACCUUUUGUAGUCGUUAUAAAAAGUCCUAUAUUAAUUAGUUAUUGUCAUGAGUGUUAUUGGUGUGUUUUAUUAUGUUUUCAUAUAUGUUUAUGAAGAGAGGUUAAAGUCCUUAGUUAUAAAGAAGUUGCCUAGGGAUUCAAACUUCAAUCAAGAUGGGUUGGUUGAUGAUCUGUUACUUAUGUAUAUGUGCAAUG